AUGUUCAUCCGCGAGAACCAGAUCCAUCGUUUCGCCGGACAUGCCGCUGUACUGCCUCCAGGAGUGAAUCACCUUAACGCGGACCUUCCAAGUUGUCUUGAAAGGUCUCGGACAUCAGAAAGCUUGGCGAAGGCGCAUCCAAUAGUCAUUUUGCGAGGAGGAGGGCUUCGGAGGUUUCAGAAUUGCUGCCCACGGCAUAUUCUCUUGGAUUACAAAUCUGUUGAGGUUGGAAAGAUUCCCUAA